GAAAAAUUGCUAAAAUUACUGACAGAGCUCUUUAUAAGGUUUGUUUGUUUACAUACGAACGGCAACAUCGCAUCCACGGCCGCGCCGCCCGCCGCGCCGCGCCGGCGAGGCAACGCGCGCGAACCGAGUUGAUCUGAAUCUGAAAUCUUUUGUUUUACGAGUCGGCCCGUGUCGAUGCCUCUCUUUCGCACUCAUUGAAUUAGUACUACGCAUUCAUUUGUAGGUACUUUGUUUGUUUUAGUGCAUCGUGAAGUGCCAUUACGCAAUCACGCAUUACUCGUAUGUUUGUUUUGCGAGAGUUUUGGAUACGGAACGAAAGUCGUUUUGAUUGUGUUUCGAUCUUUUAAAUACUAUUGAAUCUUCUAAAACUAAACAUUUAGAUCUUUACCCAAUCUUUGAAUUAGUUUUUGAAAAUGAAAAGAGUCAAAGAAAGCGGUGCGGAAUUCCGCAAAAAAAGGGCUAAGAAAGCAGCAGAUGCGAAAAAGUCUCAAGGUGCAUUACUGAAAUAUUUCAGUUCUAGUUCUGGUUCGAAAGCCACGUUAACGUCUUCGGUGGCAUCCUGCAGCAGUGGAAGUGAUUCCAGUGCACAAGAAGAAGACGUGCCUGGCGUCGCAGUUGGAAGUAGUUCUGGUCCCACCACAGAGCAGGGUCAAGACGAAGUCGACUCACCAGAUGUGCCUCAAGCAUCUAGUCAUAAGCCUGCAGAAAAAGUGAAUGUUGCCAAAGAAGACAUAAUUGAAAUCGUGCCUUCUGCUCCUGCCGAAGUCAAAGAUGUGAAUCUCGACGAUGUAGGUUGCUGGCCUUCUCCUAUGACCGACGAAGUCAGAACGCUUCUAGUACGUCGCGGGUCUGACUCAGUACAGCACAUCGAUUCCAAAUUUGCCGAUGUUGUUCGCUCAGGGACUUCAACGAAAGGCGGUACCCGAAAACUAACCAAAGAGUGGUUCUACAAACCAUUAUCUAAUGGCGAAAAGGUUCUCCGAACAUGGCUGGUGUACUCGCCUCUGAAGCAGUCUUUGUAUUGUUUUUCUUGCAAGCUGUUUGGCAAUUCCGGCUCGAACUUCGCAUCUGAAGAAGGAUUCAACAAAUGGUGGAAGCUAAAUCCAAGAAUCGGAGACCAUGAAAAUAACCUGGGCCAUGAACAGAGUUUCUUGAAAUGGAAGGAGUUGGAAGUUUGCCUGAACUGUAAAGCAACCAUCGAUCAGAAACAACAAGAAGUUUUCGAAAGUGAGGAGAAGAAAUGGAGGGAUGUAUUGUACAGGUUGCUGAAUAUUAUCCAGUUCUUAGCCAAACAGAAUCUGGCCUUCAGAGGACAUCGAGAAGACAUUCGAGGAGAUGAUAGUGGCAAUCGCGGGAACUUUCUAGAGUUAGUGCACCUCCUAGCUGAAUACGAUCCUCUUCUAAUGGAACACCUGACAAAGAUAAAGCUGGGAGCAAGAGUGUCAGUUUCAUAUCUGUCUCCAGAAACCCAGAAUGAAUUUAUAAAUUUACUGGGACAGCAAGUUCGAUCCACCAUCAUCCGUCGUAUUCAAAAAGCUAAAUAUUAUUGCGUAAUCUUCGACAGUACACCAGACAUCUCCCACAAUGACCAAAUGAGCCAAGUUCUGCGAUACGUACAUAUCGAAGGAGAAAAAGUCGCUGUGGUAGAAUCUUUCAUUGACUUCUUCCAACCAAAAGGAAAAAAUGCAGAAGAUCUCAGCAACGAUAUAAUCGCGAAGAUAACAUCAGACGGACUGGACAUACAGAAUCUGAGAGGACAGGCUUAUGACAAUGCUGCCACAAUGUCAGGGAUCCACAAUGGAGUUCAAGCCCGGAUUAAAGCACUAAAUCCGAAAGCUCUAUUCGUUGCAUGCACAAACCACUCACUAAACUUGGCUGGGGUACACACUGCUUCUGAAUCAGUGAAUUCGGUGACGUUUUUUGGAAUUCUAGAGAAGCUAUUUGCCUUCUUUUCUGCAUCAACUGUUAGAUGGAACGCUUUGGUUGCCGUCACAGGUCAAGCAGUGAAACGAGUCACUGAAACGCGUUGGAGCGCUAGACAUGUAGCUGUCAAGAUGCUUAAAAAUAAGUUUGAGGGAGUUUCUUGAGGUACUGGAACAAUUAACAGAUUCAUCUCAAACUUCCGAAACAAGAUCGGGAGCCAGUCUUCUCCUGACAGCCAUGCAGUCAUUUAACUUCCUAACUUUUCUUGGCUUUUGGGCUGCAGUGCUACCUGAAGUAGAUGACGCACAGAUUUACCUGCAGCAACGAGGACUAAGUGUGGAUAAGUGUGCUCAGAAACUCUGCGCUUUGAAAAC